AUGCAGGUUUUGCUUACGCUUCCGCUGUACUUGACGAGUCAUGGUCCCGAAAGUUUCCGAACUAUCCCCCAGCUGACCUUGUUGAGUGUAGGUGAGUACUCAAACCCACGAGCAAAUAAUCAAGACCGCGGUCGCUAUAACACUUCUCGUUUUGAUUCCAAGAAUCGUGGCAAUGGCCAAGCACCCCGCCUUCGUGAUCGAAAUGACCGCCGUGGUCAACGUAACCGGAAUACAUAUCCUGCUCCACAUCCCUUGGCAACUGCCUCAGUGGUUCCAGACCAGGAGACUAUGUCUGAAGCAAUGACGUCUAAUACUAAAAAUUCUCGCCAGGACCGCUCUCAGUCCCGUGAUCGCCGUCCUUCUCGUUCACGAACGUCCCUUUCAAACCCCAGAACCCCGGGUAAAGAUGAGAACG